AUGCCCACCUCCUGGAGGCCCCGGCCGAAGAAGAGACUUCGCCAUCGGAUGGACAAAACUGCGGGAGUAAAAGGGUCCCGCAGGGGCCAGGGCAGCACGGACCCCACGGAGAUCAGCAACGGAGCCCACCGGGGUCCGAGCAACACGCCACGGGUGCGGGACGGUGACAACGUCCAGCCCCCCUCGGCCCCCACGCAGGAUCGCGGGCCGCGGUCACCGCAGCACCGCCCCAUUCCGAGCCCACCCCGCAGCCCUGCGGGGCCCGGCCCCGGGGAGCCACCGGCCCCUGCCCGCCCCCGGGGCCGCUCCACGCCGGAGCGCGGUGCCACCGCGCAGGGACGGCGGAGGCCGGGGCGGCAUCGCGCUCCCCGCCCCGGGACCAGCCGGUCCUGCCCGUCCCCGUGCAGCCCCCGCGCCGCGGGCCGGGGGGGCGGGUCCCGCCCUCCCCGCCGGGUCGUGCAGGAGCAGGGACCCCCGCGGCCCCCCCCGGCUGCCGGGCCGGGCCGGGCCGGGCAGCCGGUGCCCGCACGGCGGGGCCGCGCCAGGGCGCUGCGAGGCCGCCGGUCUCCGAGGCCCGUGCGGGUGCCGGGGGCGGCGCGGCCCCGGGCCGGGCGAGGCUGUCAGCGCCGGGGCGGUGCGGGACGGUGCGGAGCGGGCCUGGCCGGGCACCACGGGGGGUGCGGCGGCCUCCGGGCCUGCGGGCCCCAGUGCCGCGGGCGGGGACCGGUGACAAACUUGCGGCCGCCGCGCCGUGCCGUGCCGCUCGAUGUCCCGCAUGGCGCGGGGGAGGCGCCUCGACCCCCGCCCCGCAGCGCUGCGCGCCCCGCGGGGCAUCGAGCCGGAGGGGGGAGCGGGCCCGGGGGGUCACCCAGCGGCAGCGUCGCCGGGGCGGGGGCCACACGCCCACCUGGGCUGGGCAGGCGGGUCCGCGUUCUCUCAGCCGGCCGGCCCCGCUGCGGCCGGGUACACCCACCCUGCCGCGGCCGCGCCCGGCGGUGGGCACCGGGCGAGGGGUACCGGGCGGAGGGCAACGGGGCGAGGGGCAGCGGGGCGUCGGGGACUGGGGCUGAAGACUCUAGGGCUGGGGACAUCGGGACUGCGGGCAACGGGGCUGCGUGCGCCGCGCUCGCCGUGCGCUGCCCGUCCGGCUCUGCCCGCUGUCGGGCGCCCGGCGCUGCCCGGGCGUGGAGCGAGCGCCCGCCCCCGCUGCCGCCUCCUCCUCCAUCCUUCUCCUCCCCCCCGGUGCGGAGCGAGCGUCGCUCCCCGGUGCGGGAGCCGGUGCCCCGGCGCGGGGUCGGGCGGGCGUGUGUGUGUGUGCGGGGCGUGUGUGCGUUGGGCUCCCCCCGUGCCGAGCCACUCCGCUCCGUGCGGUGCCGAACCCCGGGCGCGGCGGCCUCCCGACCCCCGCCCCUCCCGGGGCCGCGCCGGGCGCGGAGCCCCCUCCCUCUCUCCCCGCGCUCCCUCCCUCGUUCCCUCCCCGCGCCCGCCCGUUCCCUCUCCGGACCGGCCCCCCCGCGCGGGCCGGGGCGCGCGGCACGCCGGGACCCGCAGUCCGCGGGGCGGCUCGGCGGCUCCCGGCCCCGGCGGACGGACUACGGCUCCCGGCAGCCCUGUCUCCUCCGCCGCCGCCGCUGCCGCCGAACCGCCGCUCGCAGCGCCCGGGGUCCGACCCGCCGCCUGGGGCAGGGGCCCGCCCCGGCCCGCCGCCCCCCGCCGCCCGCCCGCCUCGGGAAGCAGGUGCGUACCCACCGCCCCGCGCCGCCCCGCGCUGGACCCCGGCCCCCGCUGCCCGGGCACCCCGGGCCCGCGCCGCCCCGCACCCACGGCACACGGGGGCAGGCGGGGGGGAAGCGGGUGGCCCGACCCCCCUCCCGGCCGUCCGGACGGGAUCUCCAUGGAAACGGUCCCGGGACACCCCCGGGGGCGGCGGUGGGGCGGCGCGGGGGGGGGGUGUGCGGGCUGGGGGGGACCGGCGACGUCCUGCGGCGGGACAGCGGCGGGGGCGCGGCGGGCACUGACAGCGCCGGGCGGGGGGCAGCGGGCGGCGGCGACGGCUCCGCUCCCCGCCCCGCGACGGCGCGGCGGAGCCGCUGCCCUGCCCGGCACGGCUGCUCCGGCUCCGGCACCGGCGGCACCUGCCGCUGCCGGGGCGGUGCGGGGGGUCCCGCGGCGGGGCGGGGCGGCCGCGCGGCGCGGCGCUCCCGGGGCGGCGGUGGGACGGCGGCGCCGGGCGCUCGCGGAGUUUGGCGGCGUGGCCCGAGCCCGCCCCGGCCGCCGCCGUGCCCGGGGCCGGUUCGGCUGCGGGUGCCGGCCGGCCGGGUGCCGGGCGGUGGCGGAAGAGCCCUCCCCGGGGGCAGCGCGGUCGCCGCCACCUCCGUGUCCGGGGCUGCCCCGGUGCGGCAGCGCGGGGGCCCGGCCGCAGCUGCCGGGGCUGCGGGACGCUCCGCCGGGGAGCGGCCCCGGGGGCAACUGUUGAGCCGGGGGCUGCGGGAGCGGGCGCGGGGCAGCACGGCGGGGCCUAGCCCUCGGCAAGGCUGCGGGGUGCGGGGCGAAGCCCCCGGAGCGGCAGCGAGGCCGCCGCGUCCCGGGCAGGGGGGGGCUGCCCGCCCCGCGGGGCCCCGGCGGCGGCGCGGGGCCGUGGGCCGUGCCGUGGCCUCGCGGGGCUCGGGGCGGGACGUGCCGCGCCUCGGGCGGGGGGCUCGCCGGGGAACCCCCGCGGACCCGGACCCGGGGCGGGCUGCGGCCGGGGCCGGGGCGGUGCCGCUCCGAGCCGACGCCCCCCGACGCCCGGGGCGGGGCGGCGGGGGCGGCCGGUCCCCCGCCCGUGCCCACGGUGAUGGCCGGGCAGCGGCAGGACCGGGCGAGGGAGGCGGCGCUUCCUGCCGCCCUCACCGGGGAGGAAACCAGCCCUCCCGCGGUAGCGUGCCGGCAGAGUGGUCCCUGGAGCCCCAGCAGAUCCUGGAGGGUGAGGAGUAG